GUGUGUGUGUGCGAGUGUGAAAGACGAAGAGGCAGGCAGGAGGAAGCACCAAGGACGUCCUUUUUCCAGCCCCGGGAGCCGGAGAUGCAAGGGACGAGCAGUUAGAUUAGCGUGUGCUGCUGUUGCCUGCUGCAGGAUAACUUGGUUCCGGAGGGUGCUGCAGCUGAAGCUCCGCUCUCUGAUCCCUGUUGUUGGUGUGUGAGUGUGUGAGGAGGAUUUCAGCCGGUCGCCGGACGGAGAUCUGGCAACAAAGAAUUUCGACUUUUCCGCCACUAUUGAAUGUAACAUCGCUCAGAUAAGGAAGGCAGGGAAUUAAAAGCCAUCAUCAUGAAUUUCGUUAUGAAACAAGCGUUGGGAGGGGCCACCAAAGACAUGGGCAAGAUGCUUGGUGGGGAGGAGGAGAAGGAUCCUGAUGCUCAGAAAAAAGAGGAAGAAAGGCAAGAGGCGCUGAGGCAACAGGAGGAGGAGAGGAAGGCCAAAUAUGCAAGAAUGGAGGCGGAGAGAGAAAACAUCCGACAGGGCAUCAGGGAUAAGUACGGCAUCAAGAAGAAGGAGGAGAAGGAAGCCGAGGCAGCGGCUGCUAUGGAGCAGGCCUCCGAGGGCAGCCUCACCCGUCCGAAGAAGGCAGUUCCCACCGGCUGCGGUGACGAGGAGGAAGAGGAGAGCAUCGUGGAUACGGUCAUGAAAUUUAUCCCAGCCCCGCUCAUGGAUAUGUUCAAUAAAAAGUAACAGUGUUUUGGGUGAAACAUGAUUAACUUCUUACAACGUUCAUCUAACCAAUGCCGUGCCACCCUACCCCGCCCAAACCUGCAGUCACACCUUUCUUCAACCCCCGUCCUCCUCCCCCUUCAGCCCAGCUUCUAAGUGUCCUGGAAUUGUGCAACAUGUCAUGACUUUGCCCUUGAGUUAAAAUAUCUGAUCUCUGACGGUGGUACUUACUUUGUAAUCUCUCAAACAGAGCAUCUUCCAUCUUCUGAUAACCUGUGAUAUACUCUGUUUUAAAAAGUAUGUAACACCUGAGCAGAUCCGGUGUCUUUACUUCAAGGCCAACCAAUGUCAUGUUUUCAGAAUGUCCAGCGCUUAGAAAAAGACCAGAUAUCAUUCAUCAUCCACCCUUUUUGUUUGUAAAUAGACUCGGGAUAUAAAAAAAAAAAAAAAGAGAACUAUAUAUGAGUGAAAUAUGACAUAUAACAAGAUGACUAAGAGUAUAAGCCAUAUUUUUAACUUUUAAGAAAUUAUCCAAAUCAUAUCAAAAUUUGAUUGAAUUUUCCUGUUAUGUUCUUGCUAAUAUUUGAUACAUACAAUGUAUAUAAAUACUUGCAUUUUUAUUGGUUCUCCGUUGUGAGGAUUCACCCCAUAAACUGUCCCUCAUGUUCUCAUUGGUUUACUGUGAAUGUGUAAAAUGAGCACUGGUGAAGUCAAAGGGACAUCUGUAAAACCAGAAAGUGAAGGAAUUAAUCAUUUGAAAUGAGACAUUUUUGUUUUUGUUUUGUUUUACAGUUUUUUUUAAGCAUGCAGUAAACUUUGGUGAAGUGAAGUACACAUAUGGAUACCAUUUUAUUUGUUAUUAUGAAGCGAAAUAUAUUGAUAUAUAUGAGGCAAUAACUUGUUUUCCAUUUUUAUUUAAUCAACAUUUGUCCACCAUGUACAGUAGGCGAUAACUGACUUUGUGUCUGAAAUGUUCUUCCAUGGGGAAAACUAUAAAUGUUCUCUAUACCUAGAGUUUGUCUGAAAUCGGUUAGAUGAAAUUCUUACUAUAAAUUCACUUGCUAUACAUAUAUGUGGUUUAAAAAUUCAGUUUUAUGUCCAGUGGCAGGUGUCACUCACUCUGCUUUUGCAAUAGGACGAGUAAAAGUUUGACCAGGCUAGCUGAUUUUGACGUGUGUUAACAUUAUCAUAAUUUUUCUGUAAAAAAGAGAAACUUCACAAAACACAACUAUGUUGUGAACACACUAUAUGUGAACAGACAGUGACGAUAGUGCAAUAUAUUGUUCGAAAUGAAGUUGUCCUGUGUCCGUUGGUUUAACUGAUGGGAGUAAAGUCCCAAAUCGGCAAUAACAGACAAUCUUCAUUGUUGUGUGUUUAAACUUACUCCUUAAUGUGUUAGUCGAUGUUAAAGACACAGACGUGUCUUCAUAGUGACAGUGACGCGUUUGUAGGUCAGACAUAUUUGAUUAAAAAAAGAGAAAAGGGGGAAGGUGGGACGAUUUGUGUCAUGUCGUAAAAACUGUUCAGUCAUGUCACAAAACGAGACGCACAACCAAGAUUUUUGUUCUCAAUCACAAACCAAAAGGUGAAAUCAAUCUGCAGGUUUUCAGAGGCAGGCGUUAACAUGAAAGCUCCAUGACCUUAACACAGAAAAUGUUUACCUGUCCCACAGUGCCCAGUCUGUCCUACAGGUAAUUCAGUGUAAUGGCACAAAUUUAAAGGGGGUCAUAUGAGGAUAAGAUCCAGUUUUUCUUCAUAUGCCUUGUUUUAUUUAUUUCUCCUUCAUUCCACAGUGUCUUGUUCAAACAUUCCAGAUAUUUCAGACAUUCCACCAGACUUGUGCUGGUAACACACAAACUUGGGUAUUUACAGUAGGCUUCAGUCAAUGCCUUGUUAGCCUACAAGUACACCACAAUGAAGAAUUUAAAUCUGAUGUUGUUAUAACCUGAAAGUAGAGGCUACUGUGAAUCUAAGAUACACAAAGAUUCAUUACAUGACCAAGUAACAGCAGAGAGUUAUUGUAGCUGCCAUGUAUUAAAAAAAAAAAAAAAAAAACCAAAUGAAAUCUAAGAGAAAGCAUAAA